AUGCCAAUCAAGAAACUCACCGCGGAUUCAGAUUCGAAGUUUAGAAUGAAGUCUUACAGAAUCACACCCCCAGUGCUCUGUAAAGCAAACGUCGCCUGGUCGCUCCCUUUGUUGACGUAUUUGCAGAUGUAUUUGAUCGACUCGACGCUGGUGCACGACUCGACGUUGAUGUGCGUCUGGAAGGUCCUGGACAGAACAGGUGAGUAUGGAACAAUCCAUCUGUUGUCGACCCGUUGCACCUGGCCACGUAAGCUCAGCUCAGUGAAAUGUCCGCCUUCUGCAAGUGGUCAGCGCCGGUAUGAAGGAUAUCCAUCUUCACCUGUUAUGAACAGGAUCGAUGUCAGGGUCCGGGAGCUCAGCACUUAUGACUUGAUCAAUCUGGUUGGGUCUGAUCUUCUCUUCCAGCCACAAAAGCAGGUCGGUAAACGAGCAAACGGAUUACCUGAUGGUAAGCAAUCAGCACCGCCCAUGGACAAGACGGAGGAGUUACGAGUGCGUUGCCGACCUUUUGGGGAUAAGCGAUUUGGAGGAUUUGACGUGGAAGGAUUGGCCCUCCGAUACCAAGCCAUUGUUCGUCCAAUGCGACCGAGGAUGUCAAAAACAUGUUCCCUCGUCAUGAUUGCUUGCAUCUGGAUCAGUGGCAUGUUGUUGGCGAUACCCUGCUUAUUAUACUCAACUACAAAAGAAUACAGGUCAAAGGGUACUCUCAAAACUGCAUGCCUCCUCUCCUGGCCUGACGGAUUACCUGACGUUUCGUACAUGGAUUUUGUGUAUCAAGUAUUAUUCUUCGUAGUGACGUACGCCAUCCCAAUGCUGGGAAUGACCUUCUUCUACUCAGCUAUGGGAAAAGUUCUAUGGGGUUCAGGGUCCAUCGGUGAACUGACGCAGCGACAAGUCGACUCGAUACGAUCGAAACGAAAGGUUGUGAAAAUGUUCAUCUUAGUCAUAGUAAUCUUCGGUAUCUGCUGGUUGCCAUACCAUUGUUACUUCAUCUAUACACACUUCAACCCUUCGAUUCUCUACAUGAAGUAUGUACAGCACAUGUAUCUUGGAUUCUACUGGCUAGCCAUGGCCAACGCGAUGGUCAAUCCCAUCAUUUACUACUGGAUGAAUGCCAAAUUCAGGACAUACUUUCGAACAGCUAUCCUGUGCCGUUGGCGCGAUAUCCUGCGCCGGCGCAAGCGGCCCCUACCAGAGUCCCCACCCGACUGUAUAUCACAGUCCGGGAGUCGAUCCCGAUCAGGAGCCAGCCAGCAGCGGGAGCACGGUCCAAGCUACCGGCAGUUAGGGCUCCAGAGACAUGAACCUCCUCACAAUACGUGCCGUUUCAAGGAGAACUGCCUUCUGUAUGAGGCCCUUGAUCCAUCCGCCUAA